AUGGCGCCUCCCAAGAUUGAAGCCAAGGAGAUUGAGACGUACUGGAACAUCUUCUCCGACCGAACAGGCGGUGGCCAGUUCCUCACCGGCGAACAAGCAGCCCCGGUUCUGAAGAACAGCGGUCUCCGCGAUGACCAGCUGGAGCGCGUGUGGGAUUUGGCCGACGUUGACAAUGAUGGGAACUUGGACUUUGAGGAGUUUUGUGUCGCCAUGCGACUUAUUUUUGACAUUCUGAACGGAGAAUAUGCCGACGUCCCCAAGACACUCCCCGACUGGCUGGUCCCCGAGUCCAAGGCUCAUCUUGUUCAGGCAACUCGUGCCAUCGCCGGCAAGCAGCCGCAGUUUGAGCAGGUCGAAGACGACUCAGACGAUCUAGGUCUCAAGGAUGGCUUUGAGUGGUACAUGAAGCCCGGGGACAAGGCCAAAUACGAGCACAUUUAUCAAGAGAACCGGGAUAUGCGGGGUGAAGUAUCAUUCAACGCCCUCGAAGAACUCUACGAAUCUCUCGACGUCCCCGACACCGAUGUCAGAUCAGCAUGGAACCUCGUAAACCCCUCCGCCGGCUCGACUAUCAACAAAGACGCCUGCCUCGCAUUCCUCCAUAUCCUUAAUUACCGCCACGAAGGCUUCCGCAUCCCCCGUAGCGUUCCUGCCUCGCUGCGCUCCAGCUUCGAGCGCAACCAGAUAGACUACCAGCUGGACAGCCAACGAGCGGGCACCAACUCACGAUGGGCCACCAAGGCCGACGACUCUACCUCGACCGGUCGAAAGACGAAAUUCGGUGAACAGUACCUCACACGCCUGGGUCGAAGCGGAUUCAAGACAGCCGGCACCGACUUCUCGACGGAAAAGACGGAAGAUUGGGAGGAGGUUCGGUUGAAGCGACAACUUGCCGACUUGGAAACCAAGAUUCAAAAGGUUGAGGACAUGGCCGAUCAGCGGAAAGGCGGCAAGAGAGAUUCCAAGCCUGCACUUGUAAGGAGGGAACUCGACCAGCUACUGGACUAUAAGCGCAGAGAAUUGAGAGAAUUGGAAGAGGGGAGGGGCAAGAGCGCUGUUGGUUCAGGCCUGAAGAGCGUGUCAGAAGAUUUGCAGACGGUGAGGGAGCAAGUCGAGGGUUUGGAGACGCAUUUGAGUUCGAGACAAGCGGUAUUGGAUGAUUUGCGGAGACAGAUUGACGCAGAGAAGGCGUGA